AUGCAAGAUGAGAAACCGCAGGACGAGACAGAGCAGCCUGUGAGCAAAGUAAUUGAGCGGAACCGUCUGAGAACGGUGUUAAAAAACUUGUCGCUCUUGAAGCUACUCAAGAGCUCGAACCGCCGGAUCCAAGAACUGCAUAAGCUGGCCAAAAGGUGUUGGCAUACACUGCUCAGUGUUCCAAAGAUUCUCCGAAUCUCCUCUGGGGAAAACAGUCCCUGCAAUGAAGCGAAACAAAAUAAUGAAGAGUUCCAGGAGAUCGGGUGCUCCAAGAAGGAACUCAAGUCCAAGAAAUUAGAGUCCACAGGGGACCCUAAGAAAAAAGAGUACAAGGAGUGGAAGCCCCAGAUGCAGUCAAGGAUGAGUAACAAGGCAAAAACGUCAUUGGCGGCAAUGCCAUGGAAAGAAAAGCAUGUAGAGCCUGAGGUUCCAAGGACAUCGAGGGAUCAUGGCUUGAACCUUGGAGCCCAGGGGAGGCAACUACUCACUGAGGGCCCCCGAGUCAUCUUCAUUAAGUCCUACCACAAUAGAACUCCCAUGGGGCACAUGAAGCAGCUUAAGGUAGCCGACCAGUGUAUCUGGUUUGAGGGGCUGCCCACACGAAUCCACCUCCCGGCACCCCGGGUGAUGUGCAGACCCUCCACCCUGCGUUGGGUCAAGCGCCGCUGCACCCGCUUCUGCUCCGCAUCCCUUGAAAUGCCUAUGUGGCAUCCAUACAAGGUUGAUGUGACCUGGUGGACGGGAGCCAGAGGUGCGAGCAGAGGGUGGAGAUCGCGCAGUCAGCUUAAGGGGAGGGAUGGGUGGCAAAAUUCACGAGUCUACAAAUAA